CCGCCGGUGGGCGGUUGGGCCUCAGCGCGGGCUGAGGCGAGGCACGGGCCGGUCCCUCUCCUGGUCCGUGUCGGGCGGGACGGCGAGGACGGAACUCCCCCUCCCCGCGGCAGGGCGGGGGUGGGAAGACGGUGCCUCACCUCAGGGGUGGUUCCUCGGCCGGUGUCCGAAGCCUUGUGACUGGGCGAGGUUUACCGGGCCCCUCCGGUACCGCUGCCAGGGCGGCCGCUCCUGAAGUUCCCUACAAGGGCGGCAGCGGCCGGCGGCGGCGGGAGCCGCGCACCUGGCGGAGGCGGCCGCCCCACCCCCCCGCCUCCACCCCCGGCCCGGGCCUGCAGCGGGUCACCCCCGCGUCAGGGCCCUGCCGGUCGCUGGCGGGAGGCUGAGAAAUGAGUACGGUUUCUGUGUGGUUUUCGUUUCGGUCUCAGCACCGUUAAGUCACGGGCAAAGGUACUGCUCUUGAAAAGAAGACAAAUCAUGGCUUGCACAGUGAAUAAACCUUAAGCUCCUGGGCCAAAAACUGAGGUUUUUUUCGUGAAGGAUGGCAACACCAUAUGUUCCUGUUCCUAUUCCUAUCGGAAGUUCAUCAUCCAGCUUUACAAACAGAAACCAAAGAAGUUCUUCUUUUGGGAGCAUCUCGACGAGUUCCAGCUCCUCAAAAGGACAGCUGGAGGACUCUGCAAUUGGUAGUUUUAAAAAGAUGAGCGUGCCUGACCAGAUUGGUUCUACAUCAUCUACGUGUAGUAGUCCACUUGUCAGGACUAAAUUUACAGGUCUGGAGACAUCCAUAGAAUACUGUACUCAGCCCGUGGAUGAAAUAGAGCAGAAUACAGAUUCCAGGAGCUGGGAAGAUCGGCCAUCCACGCCUACUAUACUGGGUUAUGAGGUGAUGGAGGAAAGGGCAAAAUUCACUGUAUACAAAAUACUGGUAAAAAGAAGUCCAGAGGAAAGUUGGGUGGUUUUCAGACGGUACACUGACUUCUCCAGGCUUAAUGACAAGCUGAAGGAUAUGUUUCCGGGCUUUCGGUUGGCUCUUCCACCAAAGCGCUGGUUCAAGGAUAAUUAUAAUCCUGACUUCUUGGAAGAUCGGCAGUUGGGACUACAAGCAUUUCUCCAGAACCUAGUGGCUCACAAAGAUAUUGCUAACUGUCUUGCAGUGAGAGAAUUCCUUUGUCUGGAUGAUCCUCCAGGUCCUUUUGACAGUCUAGAAGAGAGCAGGGCUUUCUGUGAAACUCUGGAGGAAACAAAUUACCGCCUACAAAAGGAAUUGCUCGAGAAACAAAGGGAGGUUGAAUCGCUGAAGAAAUUGUUAAGUGAAAAGCAACUUCAUAUAGAUGCCAUUGAAAGAAGAAUUAGGGACAUAUCUUCAGGAAAAAUGACUCGUCAAAUGUCAGGAGAAGAGAGUGAGUGCAGUGGUGAGGUGGAGUCUUCUGCAGUAGAAGCAGACCAGGGUACCCUGGGUGAGGACAGCUGCUCAGAUAAAGAGAACCAUGAGGCUUGCUGGAGUGGCUCUUUGGCUGAAAAUUCUGUGCCAGAAAUUGAAGUCGCUGAAGUAGCAUACACCGCUGAUGAAGAAGAAUAGAUCACUAGCAGCUGCUGUUACCUGGGAAAGGUUCAUGUUUGGGACAUACCCUGUGGGUAGGGGCACAUAGCAGCUGCAGAGAACUUACAGCAAAGAGCAAGAAUGCACACACUGAAUGUUUACAUAAAUCCUUACAAAUUAUUAACGUAAGAAAUAUACCCAGUGCUGCUUUGAUUUCAAUUUUUAUCUAGCCUUUAUAUAUUUAAUAUAUUACAGUCUAAUAAGGGCUAAAAUCAGCUAAAGUUUAGAUACAUACAUACACAAUUUGGCUGACUUUUUCCUAGCAGAGUGGUGAAAACUUCACAUUAAAUCACCAAACACUCCUAACUAGCAUGUCAUAUGUUGCCACUGAUGUGACACAUUUGAUGCGUUCAUCUGUUUGGUAUUUGUGUUUUCGUAUUCUUAUAGCCAUAAAUUAAUGCUUGUUGAAGUAAAAACGGGCUCAUCUUAUGUUUAAUAAGAGUGUAGAAUGUGUUGUUUUUAAGCUGUAAAGUUGAAGACUAUUUCUCUGGCAAUUUUAAUGCAAUGCAAUAGGAAAACUUCCAGUACCAAGAGAAAAGUACUUACGAAAUGGGAUUAUAGUUGGACAUUUUAAAGAAAAAAAAAAAAUGGUCAUUUUUGCUGAAGGAACUAGUGAGACCCCCAAAACACUGUGUAUUUUCAUCCCAAGUUAGCAUGCUGUAAUACUUUUUGUUCGGUAAUGCUGCUUUUAAAAUCUGGGAUACCUUUGCUACAUACCCAUGUAACAAUAAAAUCCGUGAGUUUGCCUUUUACUUGGAACACUACCUCUUACCAUCUUGCUAACGCAUUCAUGUUUGUUUAAAAAUAUUCCAGAUUAUAUGGAGAUGAUGGAAAGACUUGUAAAGAAGCCAUAUUUUUUCCUGCACGGUUCAUAACUAGAUUGAAUCUAGUUGCAAUGUAUUUUUGUUUCAAUAUAUUGUGCACAUGGGGAUGUUGCUCCAUAUGUUCGAUAGCCUAUUUUUCAAAAUGUAUUAAGACAGGAGAUGCACUUUAUAAUUAAGACUCCACUGUGCCAAGUUCAGUUGGCUAAUUCGUUGAGAAAGGGGAGUUGCAGGGAGAGGAUUAUGUAGUGCCUUUUUGUAUUUUACUUGUUCAUUACUGCAGGAUUGUGUUACAGUGCUCUGGGUCAGCUCUGUGGAAUCUUUGAUACAGCUUGUUUCUGUUCUUCACUUAUUUACUGAAAGUGCCUUGUUUUAUUCCGCUUUUCCAAUAGGAAGAAUGCUGUUUUGUUUUAAUCUUUUUUUCUUUUUUUUCGCCCUAUACCACCCACAUCGUUGUUUAAUGUUGUCAAUAUGCAGUGUCUUUGUGCUGGAGUUUUCAAAGGGAGCUUUGUACUUCAGGCUGUGCAUACAAUGACCUUUAUGCAGAACUGUAUAAACCUUCCUGGUGAAAUAAAACUAUGGACAAAACACCUGUCUUCUCUUCUCCGUUAGGAAAAACAAAAAAGCUCAAUUCCUUAUGUAGUAGAAGGACAAAAAUACUAUUGGAAAGAGACAUUUCUUACCUCAGUGAUUUCCUACAGUUACUCAGCUUUUGGUCUGAGUUUCAUUUGUACCAAAAAUUGUCUGCAUGAAAAUGAAUGAGAAUGCUGUAACAAGAUACCAGAAAACUUACUGUACUUCUGUUGAAGACGAAAAUAAAAAAAGAAACUGAUUUUUUUUUUUUUUAUAUUCCACAUGAAUCCUCAUAGAUGUUGAGUGAACUCAAUAAAGUUUUGACACCUUACUGAAAAUUCAUGUAAUCUUCUGUCAGAUGUCACUUAAUAUUUGGAAAGAAGGUUGAACAUUGUAUGUUAAAAUAGCCUUAGCUUUACAACUAUAAAUGUUUUUUAAAUCUUGACAAGGUGCUUGGGUCAUACAUCCUAGGACUGCUUCAGGUAAAUCUGCAAAUCUAGUCACUAAAGAAAGCAUUAGUGUAACUUACAGUUUAGUCAUGAGCAGGCAAAGGAAGGGAAAUUUUGUGCUCUGUCUUUAAGAUUUAUAUGAUAUUUUGCUGACACAAAAGACUUGGUAUUGCAUGAAUAGACGUUUUUGUUUAGGUGGAUCUUGAUUUUUAUUUUUUUUGAAUUAAACUGAGCUGAAAACUGUGA